UCCCAAACUGGCAACUUGCACACAUUGUUCAGGGGGAGGCGCUGGUCCGAAGUAGUUUCUGGAAAGAAUCGCAUGCGUGCACCAUGGAGAAAGUGUCAGCAUUGAAAGACCAGGGCAACAAGGCGCUGAGUGCGGGAAACAUCGAUGAAGCUGUCCGUUGCUACACCGAGGCCUUGGCUCUGGAUCCAUCAAACCAUGUGCUGUUCAGCAACCGCUCUGCUGCCUACGCCAAAAAGGGCAACUAUGAGAACGCUCUCCAGGACGCCGUUCAGACCAUCAAGAUCAAGCCCGACUGGGGCAAGGGGUACUCCCGCAAAGCUGCCGCUCUGGAGUUUCUCGGCCGGCUAGAGGAGGCCAGAGUGACGUACCAGGAGGGGCUCCGCAAAGAGCCCAACAACCAGCAGCUGAAGGAGGGUUUGCAGAAUAUCGAAGCUCGGCUUGCAGAGAAAUCAAUGAUGAAUCCCUUUGCCAUGCCCAACUUGUAUCAGAAGCUUGAGAACGAUCAUCGGACCCGUGAGCUUCUAACGGAUCCCAGCUACAGAGAACUGCUGGAGCAGCUCAGGAACAAACCGUCGGAGCUUGGCACGAAGCUGCAGGAUCCAAGAGUAAUGACGACUCUCUCUGUUCUCCUGGGGUUGAACCUAUCAGAGAUGGAGGAGGAAGAGGAACCCGCCCCCUCUCCUCCCAAACCCAAAGAGACCCCAGCACCUCCUCCCAAGGAGGAAGAUCUCCCUGAAAACAAAAAGAUGGCUUUGAAGGAAAAGGAACUGGGGAAUGCUGCAUACAAGAAUAAAGACUUUGAAAAGGCACUGAAACAUUAUGAUCAGGCACUUCAGCACGACCCGACCAACAUGACAUACAUGUCUAAUCAAGCAGCUGUCUAUUUUGAGAUGGGAGAGUUUGAAAAGUGUAGAGAGCUGUGUGAGAAGGCCAUUGAUGUCGGCCGAGAAAACAGAGAAGAUUACAGACAAAUAGCAAAGGCCCUGGCUCGAAUCGGCAACUCGUACUUUAAACAAGAGAAAUACAAAGAAGCUAUCCAAUACUUUAACAAGAGUUUGACUGAGCACCGGACUCCUGAUGUGUUGAAGAAAUGUCAACAGGCAGAGAAGAUUUUAAAGGAGCAAGAAAAACUAGCCUAUAUCAACCCAGAACUGGCGCUUGAAGAGAAGAACAAGGGCAAUGAUGCCUUCCAGAAAGGAGACUAUCCCUUAGCCAUGAAACAUUACACUGAGGCCAUUAAGAGAAACCCCAAUGAUGCCAAACUGUACAGUAACAGAGCUGCCUGCUACACAAAGCUUCUGGAGUUCCAGCUUGCCCUGAAGGAUUGUGAAGAAUGCAUCAAACUUGAGCCCAAUUUCAUUAAAGGCUACACACGUAAGGGAGCUGCAUUGGAGGCCAUGAAAGACUUUUCCAAAGCUAUGGAUGCAUACCAGAAGGCAUUAGAGCUGGAUUCAUCCUCAAAGGAAGCCACAGAAGGCAUGCAGCGCUGCAUGGUCAGCCAAACCAUGAGGAACGACAGCCCAGAGGAGGUGAAGAAAAGAGCCAUGGCCGACCCGGAGGUCCAGCAGAUCAUGUCCGACCCAGCCAUGCGCAUGAUCCUCGAACAGAUGCAGAAGGACCCGCAGGCACUCAGCGACCACUUAAAGAAUCCGGUCAUCGCUCAGAAGAUACAGAAACUCAUCGAUGUUGGACUGAUAGCCAUCCGCUGAUGUGGAACCAGUAUCCAUGUAUGUAAAGAAGUUCUAAGACACCAGUGGAACCAAACGCAGAUUCUUCUAAAAAUGAUACAUCUGAUCUUUCUUGCCUUUUAAAUUCAAGAUUAUAGUUCCCUCGGCCUGACUGGGACAUUUGUCUGUAUUAUGAUUAUUUUUUCUCUUUUUUUUUAUUUGUGUUCACAACUUUGACAUUGUGUUGGGAAGCAGAGAAAAAAAAGCAUCUAGUAAUAUACUCUGGAAAACUUCAGCACUCCAGACAACAUCAACUAAAAAAAAAGAAGAAGCAAAUUCACAUGUAAAGAUGCUGUGAGACAUCAAUAAACAUCACAAUGCAGUACGACAUUAUGCUCGGUGUUUGAAGGGGAAAUCUACGCCAGAAGCUGUUUUUACUGUGUCCAUGCUGGUUCAUGCUUGAAAUGUAAGUUUUAAACAUUUCUUAUUGAUACGACAUGCGAGUUCAUGAAAAGCGUGUGGUGUAAUCCUGGUUUAUUAGCUUUAUUUUCCUCCGUUUCCUCUUUUUGUCAUGCUUUGACAGAUAUUAUGAAACUCUGAAUCCACCCUGUUCCUCAUUCAAAGUGUAAAUCUGCUUAAAACGCAUUGAAAUGUCAGCUACUGCAGUUUGUCAAGUAACCUUGGACUUUAAAUUUGUAGCUCUUCCUGUCUGACAAAUUUUUUUUUCUGCUGCACUGACUAAUAUCUGAGCAUAUUGGGAACACAAGGAAUGGAUUUUCCUGCAGGAUCAUAGCUUAAUCUCAUUGGUUAACCUUGUAUUAUUUGAGCUUUUAAAUGUGACAAAUGGUAGAAAAUGUUUAACGUACUUGCUGCAGUUUAAUUGAUAGGACGGUAUUUCUAAUUCCAACAGGAAAUGAAGGGAUUCUCUACAUUUCUUCAUCUAAACAUCUGUUUCUCAUCUUGUCAGUUAUACUAAACCCAAAACAAAGGGCUUCAGAGAGCUUGCUAAUGUAUCAUUACAUUUUUCUUUUUUUUAAAAAAUAGGUUUGAGAUAUUUUUUCACAAAAUACUUGACCUGCAGACUUUUAGAAUUUCUUUUUAUUUUAUGUUGACUAAACGGUUCAUCACAAAGACUCACCUACUGAAAACAUCUAUUGAUUGAUUCUGUAUUGUAGCCUCCGGUGCGUUUUAAUAGAGUUUUGGCACAACCUGCUGGUAGUUUAAGAGAGAAUUACACCAGGAAAAGUCGUUCUUGAAGUUUGCCCAAUCUGUUCUUAAUGCUUUGCUUCGCAGACGUUAGCGACCGGUUUCUUCAUGGUUCAGUCGGCUUGACUUCGACCGCUGAAGCAUAAAUACAUGUUUAUAUUACAAUGGAUGAGUUUGCCACGUGUGGCUUUGGAUACCUCAACGUCUCAAGUUUCGCUGUGUAUUUGUGCCACCGUUUCAGAGUGGGAUUCAUAUGUUUUGUCUUUGCAUCGUCACUCUAGGGGCAUUUCUCUGCAGUUUUCUGUUAUUGUGGACUGCAGAUAUCAGGAUUUGUUUAUUCUCCCCCGUCUGGUCCUUAUUUUGUAAUAAACCACAUGCAACAAUUGUAUUAGUCCCAGGAAAGUCAUGUACUAUUGGAAAUUAGCUGUAAACUAAAAUACAGAUUAUCUGAAUGUAUGUUAA